CUCACUAACCUCACCAACAAAAAUGCAAAUGAAUCAAUAAUCUCUUGUCAUCAUCGGUUUCAACUCCAAUAUCAUGCCUCUUUCUGAUUUUCUUGCCCCAUAUAGAAGAGACAUAAGUCUGAAUUUGAAAUCACAGAUGUUGUAAUAAUAAUUAAGGAAACUCGAUCGUUUUCCUUGACAUGGGGGUCUAAUAAAAAUGAUCACGGCGAUUAUCAGAAAUCUACUUCUGCAAGUGGCGUAGCGAAGUUCUCAAUGGAACUUCCUAAUGAUCCCAAGGGAAUCGAGUCCGUUGAAACUGCAAAACAGAGAUUAGCCAGUAGGCCGAAUUCUUGCUGGCAAAAUGCUUAUGAGAAUCUUUUUGCUACGUGUUCCGUAAUUGUCAAAGAUGACGCGAAGAGAUCUAGACUUGCAUGGCAGUUAAGCGAUUGUUUCCAAAAGGAUUCCGGUCGGCCCUCGUUUCCUUCAUGUGAUUCUCAAUCGUCUAUGUUGAAAUGUCUCAAGAAGCUGGACGAAUCAGCGCAUAAAGUUUACCUUGAAUUCUACCUUCAAACAAAUUCAAUAUGUCAUCAACUACAGGCUAAUGCCUUUAAGAUUGAGACCGAGAGACUUGUAAAUGACUUGAAGAAGUCUGCAGAAUCGGCCGAGGAAAAAUUACAUAACAUCGAAGAAAAUUCCGAAAGGCUUAUACAGAACUCUGAUCAGAUUGAGAAUUCAUUAACUUCCUUGUAUAGUAAAACGCAACAAGUGGCCGAGACUUCAGAAAAGGUUAGUGACCAGAUUGACGCUUCGUUAAAACAAUCUAGUAUUAUCGUGGAACAGUCUAAUGAAAUCGCGGCUUCUCAAUUAGAAUUACGACAAGGACAGUCUGAUAUGAGAAAAACGUUGGAGGGAGGAAUGGAAAUCCUUCAUGAGUCUUAUGAGAAGUUGGGCCAUAAUGUAGAGAAACUAAGAAAUGAGGCUGUUGAAAUAGAGAAACAGAUUAGUAAAGUUAGCAAUUCAAUGUCCACGAAGAUGGAAAAUCUGCAAAACAAAGCUAACGAUAUUGGAAACGCCGCAGGAGUUUCUUUAGAUAAGCAGAAGCAACUCUUGGAUGGGCAGUCUAGAGCUCUCGAGGGACUAGAUUUUUUGACUAAAUUCCAAUCUCAAGCGCUAGAAGAAAGCAGGGCUUCUCUUCAAACACUAGCUGAGUUUGGCCAAAAGCAGCAAGAAGAACUCUUAAGACGGCAAGAACAACUUAAACAAGCUCAUGAUCAUUUGAUUGAGAAUUCAAAAUCCAUAUUGGCAGCUCAGAAAGAAUUCGAAUCGAAGCAGGCUAGCAUGUUUUUGGCGCUUGACAAACUCUUCACCUUGCACAAUGAUAUCUUGCUUGAAUCGCGUGCAAUAAAAUCUUUUUUCUUCUACUCUUUCGUGAUCUUUCUGCUCUACAUGCUAACCAGUGCUAAGCAAACGUAUGGCAUGAGGGCACGGCUUUAUUUAGGACUAUGUGCUAUAUUCCUAGUUGAAUUCACAAUGUGCCGUUUCGGAGUAGAUCUGGAUCAACAAGUAUGGAUAGCGUCAAAAGUCACACUAGCAAGAUCGUCGUUUCUAGUUGCUGCAGCAGUUCAACUUUUGUUUUCCAUUUUCUCUUACAGGGAUUAUGAAGUGCUAAACCAUCGAAUGUUAGAGACUCUAAUUGAGAAAGUUAAUACAAUGGAAAGGAAAAAAGCCAUGCCCUUGGAAAUUGAUGAGAGUUACGAUGAUGUCGAUUUCUCGACUUGGAUAGAUGAAGAUUUGUCAGAAGAAGAGACUUUCAGUAAAGAUCCCGACUUCUUGUUACCAGAGGAGGUUGCAGAAAAUUCAGUCUCGACAAGUUCGUAUUCAAGAAAAUAUGAUCUUCGGCCUCGUCGUGUGCGUCAAUGAAGUAGAAUCUCGCUAUACUACAUUAAAACUACUUUGUUUGCUUACAAUAUUUCAUCUAUGAAAACUACAAUUACAAAGUUCUAUUUCAUUGUCCUUCAAGUUGGCAAAUGAAAG